ACUAAAACAAGUAGAUUUUAGAAAUUCAAAAUGUGGCGCCAUCUGGCCAUUUUCUUAACAUUAUGCAGCCUUGCAGCUGGUAUACUCGAUAUGACACAUAUCUGCAAAGACAAGAGAAGCGGUGAAAUGGUUUCGAGUCCUUUUGAUUGCCAAGCAUAUUUUAUUUGUAAUACUGUACCACAAUUGCAAUAUUGCACGGAAGGUCUGCACUUCGAUAAUGAGCGCAAAUUGUGUAACCUUCCCAUAGAUGCAAAAUGUGUUAUACAAACCAUUAAUACUGAAAAUGUUGGCGAAAUAAAUAACGAAGUUGAAAAUAUGGAAAAUACCACUGAAGACAAAAAUGAAAAUGAAGUUGAGGUUGAGGUUGAUGCAGCAAACAAUAGCGAUAAAGACACAGCUCAGGCUGUAGAUAAUAAUAAUAAUGAUGUUAAUGGAGAUGCAGUGAAUUCCAAUACCGAAACAGAAGAACAUUCUCAGUCUAUAUUUGUAGCAUUUGAUAUAGCAAAUGGUCAAGCUAUAGAUCCAAUGACUGAUUAUGAUACAAAUCAUAUUGUGUGUCGUCAUUUUGGCGCUUAUUUCUUGCCACAUCCGACAAAUUGCCGCAAAUAUUUUAUUUGUGCUUAUGGACACUUACAUGAACAUCAUUGCGGUCGCGGCACACUUUGGAAUUAUAAACGAAUGGAAUGUGAAAUAAGUAAUGAAGCUCAAUGCUUUAGUGGAUCAGAAGAAAAUACGAGAACUACUUGGGAAGAACUUUCCACUACAACACCUACAACAGAUUGGACACGUACAACAACUCCGCUUACAACACCUACAACAGAUUGGACACGUACAACAACUCCGCCUACAACACUAACAACACCAAUUUACACACUUACAACAUGUGUUCCAAUUUAUACCACAUAUAGUCCAAAUACCACUCCCACACUACCAUCAACUGAACGACCAACAACAUUCGAGACAACUGAACGACCGACAACAUUCGAGACAACUGAACGACCAACGACAUUUGUGACAACUGUACGACCAACAACAUUCGAGACAACUGAACGACCAACAACAUUUGUGACAACUGUACGACCAACAACAUUCGAGACAACUGAACGACCAACAACAUUCGAGACAACUGAAAGACCGACAACUGUUGUAACAACAAAUGGAAUUCCUUCUUGGACAACACAAAAACCACGUGAUGAUCUUAAUGCAGAACAAACCAUUAAGUGUCCAAGCAGUCGGCAAGCAUAUUUGCCACAUCCCAAAGAUUGUAACAAAUAUUUUAUUUGCAUCCUAGACAUGCCAAUUUUGACUUCUUGUCCAAAUGGAUUAUACUGGGAUCAGAAAGCGGAGUUCUGUGAUACUGCAGAAAACGUACAUUGUUUUCAAAAAUGAAAAUAGUUCCAAAUGAAAAUUAAUUGAAAUCAUCAGAUAUUUAAUCAGAUUUUUCUCAGUAAUAAUGGUUUCCAAGU